AUGCUAUGGGGCGGAACACAGAAUGUAGAGGCUUACACAUUGGAGAACAAGUUCUUUGUGAAUCCUGGGAGCUGCACGGGGGCAUUUAAUUCCGAUUGGCCGAUCAUAAAUGAGGAAGAUGUGACGGUGAAGAAACAGCUUUCGAAUCAUACUCAGAGCAAACCCAGCGAGGAGCCCAAGCACGAAGACGGGCUUAAUGAUCACAGGUCUGAUCAGGAGAACGCCAAGGACAAGGCAGAGGAUCAGAGGAAGAUGUUGUACGUCUCUGAUCUGGAUGUCAAUGGCUCGAAUGUUCCUAGCUUCUGCCUGUUGGACAUUCAAGACUCAGUUUGCACGCUCUACAUAUACAUAUACAUCGAUGGGGAGGUGAAAGUCGACCGAGUGGUGUUCAGGAAAGAACCUCAGACUGGUCAGGAUUGA